UACCCUCAGCACACACCCAGCUGCCUGCACAAGAUCUCUGGCUGCUAUCUCAAGUAUCCUGCCUUAAAGGACAUUCCGGCACGCACAAUUCGCCUCUCUCAAUAACCUCAGCCCCAAAGCCACCCAGUCACAAUGUCAGACGACGAGGCCGACCCGGAGCUCCUCGAGCUCCUCCGGCAGCACCUGCAGGGCAAACUCACCAUGGACGACGCAGAUCCGGAGACCGGGGUCCUCGAGGACGUAGAGUGGCUCUACGACAACUCGAUCGACGUCUCCCUCAACAUGCGCGCCACCAAGAACGCGGCAGCCAUGAUCUGGGACCAGAUGCAGCAAAAGGCCUACUCGACGCACAACUGGGCCGACCACCCCAUGCACCCCAAGACCCAGGACGACGCCGCCAUCGCCUUCAUCUUCACCAUGGACCUCCUCAACUUCUCCUUCUGGUCCGCCGCCGAGGACCAGGACGAGCGGUUCGCCAUCGAGUACCAGGGCAGGAGGUGGACAGGCUACGCGAGCCUGCUGGCGGGCAUGCAGAGGGCCCUGGACGAGGGCGUGCCCAUCACGGACCCGCACUACUGGCAGAACGAGCACGAGUGCACGCUCGAGUCGCUGGGCCACGUGUUCAGGUCGUGUACGGACGAGGAGAUGCCCUUGCUCAAGGAGCGACUGGAGUGCCUGAGAGAGGCCGGGCAGGUUCUGUACGAGAAAUACAACUGCAGCUUCACAACCCUCAUCGAGUCGGCCAGGGGAUCGGCAGCAGGACUCGUAAACACCCUCGCGCGGGACUUUUCGUGCUUCAGGGACGAGUUCCCGGCCGCCGGCCGCAGCAAACCCAUACGCUUCCUCAAGCGGGCGCAGAUCCUGGUGGCCGACCUGUGGGCGUGUUUCGACGGCGAGGGCCCGGGCGAGUUCCGUGACAUUGACAAGAUCACCAUGUUCGCCGACUACCGGAUCCCGCAGUCGUUAUCGAGCCUAGGGUGCAUAGAAUACAGUCCUCCGUUGCUGGGUAAGAUCGCGAGGAAAGAGGUCAUUGAGAGUGGCAGUCAUUUCGAGAUGCAGAUCCGAGCUGCAAGUAUAUGGAGUGUCGAGGCCAUCAGGCGAGAGAUCAAGCGGGAACAUCCCGAGACGCACGUCAACGCGAUUCUUAUCGAUUUCUUCCUGUACGACACGAUGAAGCAGCUAGAGGCCGAAGGUAAAGAGACGAUGCCUCAUCAUAGGACGAGGAGUAUAUGGUACUAGCAAAUAGGAUACUGCUCUUUGGUUCAAGCCACGAGUUCCAAGCAAGUAGAGAGUGUUUUUUUGGUGAUACCGAUUGUGAAAUAACGUGAUGACAACACCCUUCAGAAGCUCCGUAA